AUGGCGACAGAGUCCAACUUGUCAGGCCACGUGAGCUCGUUCAUCUCAGAUGGUGUCUCGCCAAUGGGCUGCCAACCAACUACCGUGAAGAAAUCACCUAGUGUAGGAGCACACCGUGGCUACAUGCAAUUGGAGGAGGCUGUUCCUGCACAAGAUGGCAGUGGUAACGCCGCUCCCCAGGUGCCAUCGGUUCUUGAGCCAACAUCCUACCGGCUUGCUGAAGGCAGCGCCUCGGUGAAGGAGUUCUCUCGUGUGGACAAGCUAAAAUGCCCCAUAUUUUCUCCCUCCUCCGCAGAACAAGAGGAUUACAUGCAGUUGGAGGGGGCUGUUCCUCCACAAGAGGCCAGUGGUGACGCGGCUCCCCAGGUUCCGUCGGUUGCACAGACUUCUCGAAAAUGCUCUGUCACUGGCACAGCUGCUGAGGCUUUCCGCAAAUCGCCCUGUACCAGUGAGUCCGAAGCUUGGAGAAAAACCAAGGAGCUCAAGAAAAAACUGCGGAAGCAGCGGGAUUUUAACCGGAGGCUGCAAAGAAGACUGCCGAGGAAGCGUCAAGCCUUAACGAUUGAAGAAAUCGUCCGGAGCGUCCGCUUACACGUGUCUCCAACUGUUGCUGCACUCCUGGAGGCUCAGCUGAGGAUGAAGAAUUAUGAUUUCAGAAUAGGUGAUCACCUUGUGAAGAGCAGUUACAUUAGGCACGCGUAUGAAAAGGACCGCACGCAUGAGAUUCGUUCGAUACCAAGGCUGAACGACAGACACUUUAACCUAACCUUUGCAUCAAAGAUGUCUGUAAAAUUGGCUGCACAAGUUUUCAGCAACCACUGUGCUGCGGCAAUGUACACCUUGGUCACUUUUCAGCAGCUGCCCGCUGAAGCAAUUCAUACUGCACGAUUUGUAGAAAGGAUUGUUCGUUUGUUUGACUGCCUGAACAGUUCACAGAGAGCGGCAAAGACACCUUAUGCAUCUGCGAUGUGCAAUGGCUCUGUCCAUAGAGAGUUUCUGACGGAAUGCAUUGCAGUAUUUGAAAACAUGCGAGUAGUGGGUUGUCCGAGGCAGCCGCCUUGUAUACGCGGGUUUUGUUUAACCAUGCGGUCUCUUUUGAUGCUCUAUGAUCAUCUCCGUACAAUGAAUUAUGGAUUUUCUUAUGUUCUCGCCAGGCGAUUAAACCAGGACGCACUUGAAAACAGCUUUUCGACGAUAAGGUCCAAAUCAGGUGCGAACACCAACACUACAGCUCGUCCGUUUCAGGCCGCUUUCAGGCAUCUUUUGAUCAAUAACUUGUUCAAGUUGUCUGAAAACUCUAACUGCGCCGAGGACAUGACAACAGUCUUGGCAACUCUUCCUGUCGGCAUUUCGGCACUGUUUCCGGCUCUUGGUAUCGGAAGCACAGUCUCGCUUAGCAUGACAGAUGAUUCUUUCUCGGACGAACUUUCGGACAUACAGCAAAAUAACCUAGUUUAUUUUGCCGGCUGGUUAGCGGCGAAAUUUUUGCGGUCCCAUUCGUGCGUCAGAACAACCCAGAAAUGUAGCCUGAAGGUAGAAUAUGCGUCAUUUAGUGAGGCCAACCAAGUGCUACUAUAUUUGAGCGUAAAAGGUACUGCGGAAUCUGACUUUGGAAGUCUCUCAGUUCCUUCCCCUCCAUUCGUGUCUUUUGUUGAAGGCUGCGAAAAUGUUUUUCAGGAAGCCAUCGGUAGCCUUUUCUCCAUAGAGAGAGUAGGACAUACGUUGUGUACGCGUCUUCAUGAGAAGGUUGAAAAGACACUCACCAUUUGUGAAGAGGACGUUUAUAAUGCCUUGUUUUGCCUCUUUGCCCGAAUCCGGUUGCAUUGGUUUGCACGAAAAAGAAAUGUUGAAUUUCAAUGUGCACAAACGAAGCGUCAAGCUAAGCAACAAGUGCAAAGGCUGAACAGUUGA